AUGUCACGAAAUUGUUUUGCCCCGUUGUGUAAAGAAGGAUACCCCUCUACCAGGUCUACUAACAAGGUAUUGGGAAUUCGAAACAAAACAUUGUUUAAAGCACCUAAGGAUCCUAAAGUCUUAGCACAAUGGGUUAAAGCAAUUCCACGAUCAGAUCGAGAUUUGAGAUCAGGGAUAGACCGUGUGUGUGAAAAGCAUUUUGCUGAAACCAGUCUGAUAAAAUAUUUUGAAAAUGUAAUGGCAGAUGGUUCAAUCCAAAAAAUUGAAAGGGAUAGAAUUUGUUUAAAAGAAAAUGCAGUACCGUCAUUGUUUCCAGAUCUACCGCAAUACUUAUCUUCUAUAAAAAAAAUACGAAAACCCCAAGUUCGACAUUUGAACACAAAAUCUAAUAAUGCUGAAACUCCUAACCUCAAUAGUUCAUUUAAUACUACAAUUAUCGAAUAUGAUAUAUUUUACAAUAUUGUGAAUCAAUUGAAAAGUACCAUAUUACCUGAUGCCACAUUUAUUUCCAUGGUAAAAGAUGAUUUGGUUAUUGGAUGGUUUAAUAAUGACAAGGAUACAGUGUUCAAAAAAAUUAUCAUUUAUAAAGAUAAUCUUAACAUACAAGUGUUUGUAAGCAAAGUCAUAGUGAAUGUUGAAGGAAUAAUGCAAACUGCUACAGACUUUGAAGAUAUUGAAAAAAUUAUAGCUAUAGUAAAUAAUUUACAAGCUUGCAGUGGCACUGGUCUUGAUAAAAGCCCACAAUCAGUUGCAUGCUAUGGUUAUGUUGAUGCAAAGAAACCAGGCACAUCAUUUACAGAUUCUCGUUGCACUGUAUGCUCUAAAGAAAGAAAAAAUAUGAUAGAUCUUCAGAGAAUAUAUACUUUAAGACAGAGAGAAAUAAAAAAAAAAUUAAAGAAACAGAAAAGCAUAGGUAGAGUCAAAAACAUUACUCGAAAGAAUAGCAGACUUAAUAAUAAAGUGUUAAAGUUAAAAGAAAAGGUAGGUUUGUUAAAACAGAAGUGUGCUACUGCAUCUGCUGCAGUAAUUGAAAAUGAAUUAACCAGGUUGCCUGAAAGUCAGCAAGAAGCAGUACGUGCUUGUUUUGCUGCUGCUAAAUUAAAAGAUCCUAAAGGAAAUCAUUAUUCUAUUAACUGGAUUUAUGAAUGCCUUUUGGUUAAAAUAAAAAGUAGAAAAGUUUAUGAACAUCUUCGUACAAAAAAAAUAUUAGCUUUACCCUGUAUAGAUAUUCAAGAGAUGUUUUCAUUGAUAAAUUAUCUCAUGGACAUCUAA